CUAAUGAUUAUAUUUUUAGUCAGGCAUCCUUCGCGGAACCUACUAGACGGGGUCCUGCAGCGGUUCACACGGAAACCAACGCUAACGGCCGAUGUUUGUUUUGCUACAGUUAGCAGUAUGCCUGCUGAACGCAAGCGCUCAGUAAACAUGGAUGAAAAAGACGUCUUCGCCUUCAGCAACAAAGAAAAAGAGAAGGACCGAGAGGCUGAGAGACGACCAGCGUCGGCUCGAGACAAAGCAAAAGACGAGGCCAAGAUGAGCGGCAAGAAAGACGGCGGCAAGGAGGAGAAGAGGAAGCGGCUCGAGGAGGAAAAGAAGAAGAAGGAGGAGAAGGAGCGGAGGAAGAAAGAGGAGGAGAAACAGAAGGCGGAGGAGGAGCAGAAGAAGAAGGAGGAGGAGGAGAAGAGGCAGCAGGAGGAGCAAGAGAGGAAGGUUCAGGAGGAGGAGGCCAAAAGACAACGAGAGGAGGAGGCAGCUCUCCUCAAGGAGAAGGAGGAGGGUCAUCAGCUGCACCAGGAGGCCUGGGAGCGCCACCAGUGCAGGAAGGAGCUCCGCAGUAAGAACCAGAACGCCCACGAGGGUCGACCUGAGGAGGCCUUCUUCAGCCGCCUGGACUCCAGCCUUAAAAAGAACACCGCCUUCGUCAAGAAGCUGCGAACGCUGACCGAGCAGCAACGAGACUCGCUGUCCAACGAUUUCGCCUCGCUCAACCUCAGCAAAUACAUCGGAGAGGCCGUGAGCUCCGUGGUGGAAGCCAAGCUGAAGAUCUCCGACGUGGGCUGCGCCGUCCACCUGUGCUCGCUCUUCCACCAGCGCUACACCGAGUUCGCUCCGCUGCUGCUGCAGGCCUGGAAGAAGCACUUUGAGGCCCGGAAGGAGGACAAGGCGCCCAACGUGAGCAAGCUGAGAACGGACCUUCGCUUCAUCGCCGAGCUCACCAUCGUCGGCCUCUUCACAGACAAAGAAGGCCUCUCGCUCAUCUACGAGCAGCUGAAGAACAUCAUUGGCACCGACCGCGAGACCCACACCCACGUAUCCGUGGUGAUCAGCUUCUGCAAACACUGUGGAGAUGACAUCGCCGGCCUGGUGCCCCGAAAGGUGAAACUGGCGGCUGAGAAGUUCGGCCUCGGCUUCCCUCCGAGUGAAAUAAUCACCACCGAGAAGCAGCAGCCCUUCCAGAACCUCCUGAGGGAGUAUUUCACAUCCCUCACCAAACACCUGAAGAAGGACCACAGGGAGCUGCAGAACAUCGAGAGACAGAACAGGCGAAUCCUACAUUCCAAAGGGGAGCUGAGCGAGGACCGACACAAGCAGUACGAAGAGUUUGCCACCUCGUACCAGAAACUGCUCGCCAAUACUCAGUCGCUGGCUGACCUGCUGGACGAGAACAUGCCGGAGCUGCCUCAGGAUAAGACUGUACAGGAGGAACACGGUCCCGGCAUCGACAUCUUCACCCCCGGUAAACCCGGAGAGUACGACCUGGAGGGAGGAAUCUGGGAGGACGAAGACGCUCGCAACUUCUACGAGAACCUGGUGGACCUGAAGGCCUUCGUCCCGGCCAUCCUCUUCAAGGACAACGAGAAGAGCGGCCAGGGCAAGGACAAGGACGACGCCAAAGACGGCAGAGAGGCGAAGGACUCGGCUAGCACCACUGAGGAACUGGAGCUGGAACUGGAAGCUCUGGACAUCGCAGACGAACCUCUGGAACUGGAGGGAGGAGACGAGGUGGAAAAUGAAGAACUGGCUAAAAAACUGCUGGACGAACAAGAACAAGAAGACGAGGAGGCCAGCACUGGUUCACACCUGAAGCUGAUCGUAGACGCCUUCAUCCAGCAGCUUCCCAACUGUGUCAACAGAGACCUCAUAGACAAGGCCGCCAUGGACUUCUGCAUGAACAUGAACACCAAAUCUAACAGGAGGAAACUGGUCAGAGCUCUGUUCACCGUCCCGAGACAGAGGUUGGAUCUUCUGCCUUUCUACUCCCGUCUGGUGGCGACUCUUCAUCCCUGCAUGUCUGACGUCGCUGAGGAUCUCUGCUCCAUGCUGAAGGGAGACUUCAGGUUUCAUAUUCGGAAGAAGGACCAGAUCAACAUCGAGACGAAAAACAAAACGGUCAGAUUCAUCGGGGAGCUGGCCAAGUUCAAGAUGUUCUCCAAGACUGACACGCUGCACUGUCUGAAGAUGCUGCUGUCUGACUUCACCCACCACCACAUCGAGAUGGUGUGUACGCUGCUGGAAACCUGCGGCCGCUUCCUGUUCAGAUCCCCCGACUCUCACCUGAGAACCAGCGUCCUGCUGGAACAAAUGAUGCGUAAAAAGCAGGCCCAACAUCUGGACGCGCGCUACGUGACGAUGGUGGAGAACGCCUACUACUACUGCAACCCUCCACCCAUGGAGAAGACGGUGAAGAAGAAGAGGCCUCCGCUGCAGGAAUACAUCCGUAAGCUGCUCUACAAAGACCUGUCCAAGGUCACCACGGAGAAGGUGCUCCGGCAGAUGAGGAAGCUGCCGUGGCAGGACCCCGAGGUGAAGAGCUACCUGAUCUGCUGCAUGGUCAACAUCUGGAACGUCAAGUACAACAGCAUCCACUGCGUGGCCAACCUGCUGGCCGGCCUGGUGGCCUACCAGGAGGACGUGGGCAUCCACGUGGUGGACGGAGUGCUGGAGGACAUCCGGCUGGGCAUGGAGGUCAACCAGCCCAAGUUCAACCAGCGUCGCAUCAGCAGCGCCAAGUUCCUGGGAGAACUCUACAACUACCGCAUGGUGGAGUCGGCCGUCAUCUUCCGCACCCUGUUCUCCUUCAUCUCCUUCGGGGUGAACCAGGACGGCAGCCCCAGUCCUCUGGACCCUCCAGAACACCUGUUCCGGAUCCGGAUGGUCUGCACGCUGCUGGACACCUGCGGUCAGUACUUCGACCGAGGAUCCAGCAAGAGGAAGCUGGACUGUUUCCUCAUCUACUUCCAGCGGUACAUCUGGUGGAAGAAGAGCCUGGACGUGUGGACCAAAGACCACCCGUUCCCCAUCGACAUCGACUACAUGAUCAGCGACACUCUGGAGCUGCUGAGGCCGAAGAUGAGGCUGAGCUGCUCGCUGGACGAAGCCACCAAACACGUGACCGACCUGGAGAGGGAGGUCCUCGUCAAGCUAGGUCUGGCCAUGGAGAAGGACGGCCGCUCCAGCGCCAUGAGCGAAGGCGAGGUGCUGGACGAGGAAGACGACGACGACGAUGAAGAGGGAGGCGCCGAGACCGAGGAGCAGUCAGGCAACGAGAGCGAAAUGAACGAACAGGAAGAGGAUGAAGGAUCAGAGAACGAGGAAGAGGAGCGGGAGGAAGAGGACGAAGAAAACACCGACUAUCUGACCGACUCCAAUAAAGAAAAUGAAACCGACGAGGAGAACAAUGAGGUAACAAUCCGAGGCGGUGGAUUAAAACACGUCGCCUGCGCUGAAGACGAGGACUUUAUUCAGGCUCUGGAUAAGAUGAUGCUGGAGAACCUGCAGCAGCGUAGCGGCGAGGCGGUGAAGGUCCACCAGCUGGACGUGGCGAUUCCUCUGCAGCUGAAGAGCCAGCUGAAGAAAGGCGGAUCCGGACAGACCUGCAUCGGGGACGGAGAGUCGGACAUCUCAGACACCAUGCAGUUCGUCAUGUUGACCCGCAAAGGCAACAAGCAGCAGUAUAAGAUCCUGAACGUUCCGCUGUCGUCCCACCUGGCGGCAAAUCACUUCAACCAGCAACAGGCCGAGCAGGAGGAACGAAUGAGGAUGAAGAAACUGACUCUGGACAUCAAUGAGAGGCAGGAACAGGAGGACUACCAGGAGAUGAUGCAGUCUCUGGCUCAGCGUCCGGCUCCGGCCAACACCAACCGGGAGCGCCGGCCUCGAUACCAGCAUCCGAAAGGAGCUCCCAACGCCGACCUCAUCUUCAAGACCGGAGGAAGGAGACGCUGAUCGGAGUCUGGCUUCGGGCUGAGCGAGCAAGAGAACGAACGAACGAGCAAAAGAGAGAGAGAGAACGAGAGACGGGGAAAAAAAAACACGAGAAGAUCGGAGAUGGGACAACCGGUCGAAUAAACGUGGACCGAGUCCUCCAGACGCCCGCUGACGCCGGACCGGAACCGACCCCUGACCUGAACACUCACCUGAGCCCGAGGAGGGGAGGCGGCACCGGGAGCCGGGGUCGGAGGUCAGGGCUCACACAUGGCUCUCUUUCUUUUUUGUCUGUUGCCUGAGAUGACAAAAGAAAAAAACGACGACUGUCUGGACGAGAACUGCAAACAUGGGACCGACCGGCAGACUGACGGUGAGGCGGACCGGAGGAGGAGGGACGGACGGAUUCUCAACCCGCCGUCAUGAAACGUGGAGGGAAAACUUUAGGGGUUAAAAACCUGCGAGUGCACAACAUUUACACAAGACUAGCGAAGGGUUUUUGUUUUGUUUUCUGUUUCAUUUUGGACUAAAGGUAAAACCGGGAACACGUCUCGGUCUGAGAGGCGGCACUGGAGCUGGAUGGACUGUUGGCUCGGAGACGCAGAGGAAGACUUGAUGUUUUGUUCAAGAAAUUAAUGGACGGAUUGAUCCAAGAAGUGGCUGAUGGGGUGCAAGUCUUGUUCUAGAGGCCUUGUUGAUUUACAACUGGUCAUUUCUAACAGCUCAAACAGAGAUAUUCCAAUUUCUUGUCAGUCUAAACCCCCAAAAUAGUCACUUUUCUGUCAUAAAUGAUGAAGAAAAGCAGUCCUACAUUACAUUUUUUUGAUACUUUUGCUUUAAAUUUUUUUUUACUAAAAUCAGCAAUCAAAUCUGUUUCCAUGAGUCUUUCUUUCUGGCUCAUAUAUAAAAUGCAAUCAUUUCGGUGUUUUCAGACUUGCUAACAGGUUUAGAGGGUUAAAUAACAACUCAAAGAUAAUCAGUUUUGUGUUCAAUUUGUUUCUGCUUCUGCCAAGCAGCUAAAAAUUGUGCUCAAGGCUAAUAAAUAUGACAUGAAGUGUGAUUUCUACACAUAUAUUCUUGUACAGAUUAAACAGGCAGAGCUAUGCUAGCAGGUUCCCUCUGUUUCCAUUCUUUAUGCUAAGCUAAGCUAACCAGCUACUGGUUUUAGCUUCAUAUUAACCCUGCAGUUUCCACCUGUUUUCAGUCUUUAUGCUAAGCUAAGCUAACCAGCUGCUGGUUUUAUACUAACCUGCGGUUUCCCUCUGUUUCCAGUCUCUAUGCUAAGCUAGGCUAAGCAGCUACUGGUUUUAGCUUCAUAUUACCCCUGCAGUUUCCUCCUGUUUCCAGUAUUUAUGUUUUGCUAAGCUAUCCAGCUGCUGAUUUUAGCUUCAUAUUAACCCUGAGGUUUCCCUCUAUUUCUAGCCUUGAUGCUAUGCUAAGCUAACGACUACUGGUUUUAGCUUCAUAUUAACCCUGCAUUUUCUCUCUGUUUCCAGUCUCUGUGCUAAGCUAGGCUAACCAGCUACGGGUUUUAGCUUCAGAUUAACCCUGCAGUUUCCCUAUUUUCAGUCUCUAUGCUAAGCUAAGCUAACCAGCUUGUGGUUUUAGCUUCAGAUUAACCCUGCAGUUUCUCUCUGUUUCCAGUCUUUAUGCUAAGCUAAGCUAAGCUAAGCAGCUACUGGUUUUAGCUUCAUAUUAACCCUGCAGUUUUCCCUCAGGUUCCAGUCUUUAUGCUAAGCUAAGCUAACCGGCUGCUACUCAUAUUUAGCCUACAGACAUCUCUGGGUAAAGUAAACGACCUCACCACCUGAACCAGCUUUAAAUCAACAGAACGAGACUUUCACUCCGUCACAUACUUUUAACUAGGAAUCGACACCUGAGUGUACAUAUUCAGCGUUUUCUUUCCGACUUCUAUCCAGCUACAAACAGCAUUUUUAACCAUUUAAAUUUUGUGUAGUGUAACAUGAUAAGAGCUUUCUUUUCUUUGAAUAACUGUGUGCCUCCUCAGCGACGACUGUGUUAUUUUAAAUUCAUUUUACCUGUCAGGCCUCUAGACGGAUCAAUAUUCUGUAAUUCUUUCUGCUGCAUGGAGCCUUUUCGUGCACUUUGUCACUCUGCUGUAGUAAGAAGCUCGACUUUAGUGUUUAGAUUCACAAGCUAUUGUUCUUUUACUGCAAGCGAAAAGACAGAAAACAACAACAACAAGCGGCCUGCUGACGCUUUGUGUCUGACAAAGAAAAUCCACCACAAUAAAAGUACGGAGGUCUG